AUGAAAAGUAUUUUGAAAUCUGGUAAAAUUACAAGAAUAUUCAUUACCCAUUUGCAUGGUGAUCACUGUUAUGGAUUGCCUGGACUUUUGUGUACAUUAUCCGGAAAUAAUCCUGUAACUAGAACUAUUCUUCCGAUUGUUGGACCUGUUGGAUUGAAGAAUUUCCUUCGUCAAACACUUUCAUUGAGUGAUGCCCAUUUGAAUUUCAGAUUGGAUAUUCAUGAAAUUGUUCCACCAGAAAUGACAGAAGAACAAGUUAAAAAGUAUGAUGAACAAUGCAUUGCUCCACUUGCUUGUGAAUAUGAUAGUGAAAAUUGUUCAGAACCACCAAAGAGUGCAGGAUCUUUUAUUUAUUUGAAUAAGGAAACAAAUUCUUACCCAGUUUUUGAUUUGACUCAAACUGAUGCUGGAUUGACUGUUCAAGCUGCACCAAUUUUGCAUCGAGUUUUCUGUGUUGGGUAUGUGUUUACUGAAAAUGACAAACCUGGUAAAUUGGACAUGGAAAAGUGUAAACAACUUGGAGUUCCUAAAGGACCAAUGCUUGGAAAAAUUAAGAAUGGCCAAACAAUUACUUUGGAUAAUGGAACUGUUAUCAAACCAGAAGACGUUGUUGGACCAACUAUUAAGGGUAAAAAGUUAGUAAUGCUUGGAGAUACUCAUAAUCCUGAAGGAAUUGCCACAAUUGCUAGGGAUUGCACUCUUUUGGUUCACGAAAGUACCUUGGAGGAUAACAUGAAAGAACUUGCAAUUGAUCGUGGACAUUCUGUACCGUCAAUGGCUGCUAAUUUUGCGAUCUCAAUCAAUGCAGCUCGUUUAAUUCUUACCCAUUUCUCUGCUCGUUACGUUGACGAAAACAAACCAGAAAGUGAAUUACACGAAAACGAAGUAUCAGUCUCUCUCUUGAGAAAGCAAGCUCAACAAGUAUUUGCCAAUGUAGAGUUGGCUUCUGAUUUUGCUGUCUUUACCAUUUAA